AAAUCUAGUUUAUUUUUUCUAUUUACUAAAACCUCCCAAGGACCAAAGAACAUCGACAAAGGAAGACGACGAAGAAGAUUUCGAGCUUCGACAAAUCAUGCGGAUUCUUACUGCUCGCAUAGCUAACCAUUUUUGCAGGGCACGAAACGCGAAUCCUCGAUCUCGAAAUUUCUCCUCGUCGAACAAGAAAGAUGACCUUACAUUGGAGGAAGAAGCUGAGAGGAAAAUAGGUUGGUGUCUCAAAAUUUUCUUUGCGGGCACAGCAACGUAUAUUGGAUACCAGUUUUUCCCUUACUUAGGUGAUAACUUAAUUCAUCAAUCAAUAUCGCUUUUACAUGUGAAGGAUCCUUUGUUUAAGAGAAUGGGAGCUUCUCGGCUUUCCCGUUUCGCUAUUGAUGAUGAAAGGAGGAUGAAGGUUGUAGAGAUGGGUGGGGCUCAAGAGCUACUACAUAUGUUGGGAAGUGCUAAAGAUGACAAGACAAGGAAAGAAGCCCUAAAGGCUCUUGCUGCUCUCUCUAAAUCAGGUGAAGCUGCUAAAUUCCUAGGCUCUAAUGGAGCACUCUCUAUCGUCAAAUCGACUCCAAAUUCCUUGGAAGAUUCAGACAUUUCAACAUACAAGUCAAACAUACUCGAGAAGCUAGUUGAGAAAAACCUCGCUGUCUCUUCCAACUGAACUACCUUUUUACGGACAAGGAUAGGUCAAGAAUCAUAAGAGCAUGUCCAUUGCAGGGACCUUGCAAGUUUUUUAAGAAAAUCCUUAUGAAUAAUAGCAAAAAAUUAAAUCAGAAUGGUGUAAUAAACCAAGGUGCGAACCUUGUUUAAGGUAUUUUUGGGUGUAUUAGGUGCGCUGACGUGGCUGUAUAUUAUUGGAUGACAACUUUUCCCGUGUUUUUUUUUCUUUCCCAUUCCCAAACUAUUUUUUUCUUUCUCUCCUCUCUCCUCUCCUGUUUUCUCCGAAUUUCGACUUCGACGGAUCAAAUUCUUCAUCGUCUCUUUUUUUAUCAUGUCUCUCUUCUCAUACGAUCCACAAGAUUCGUGAUCGAAGAGGUGUCAGAAAAUCCACCGGAAGAGCUACUCUUACCGGCUUUGCUGAGGUCAACGAUGUGGCGCUGUUUUUCGGUGGAUUGGUUAGAAUGUUGAUGCUCAUAGGAUCCUGCUUGUGGGUUCGUCUGCUGGUUGAAUUUGAUUGCAAGUUAAAGUCUGGUGCUUUUGAUCUGGUAAUUGCUUCUUACAAGUUGAUCUGUAACAAUUGAUUUCGAAUUCAGUAUAUGGAUUUGUAUACAGAUUCUGGGCUUUGCUUUAUGUUCAAAUUUGUGUUUGAUCUUUUGGUUUUUAAGAUAAAAAUGUGACUCUUUUGGUGCUUAUUCACUUGUAUGUCAUGUUAUGGUCUAUGUUCUCUAAGUGGUUUUAGCUUAGAUAACUUGUAUGUCUGUUUUCUUUACUUUAAGUUCAAUAUGACUUGUAUCACUUCGGCUUUAAUGAUAUUGUUGUUUAUUCUUGUGUUAACGGACUAAACGAGUGUUCAGCUUAAUGUGUUCAGUUUUAAUAAAACUUGUCUUAAUGUGAUAUGUUGUCUUAAUCUUUAGUUUAAGUAUUCUAUGUUUUCUUAUUUGUGAAUGUUUAGUCUUCAGUGUUAGUGUGUUGUGUUUCAAUAUGACUUGUGUUCGUAAGAAGUUCCAUAUGACUUGUCUUCAGUUUUAGUUCCAAUGUGACUUGUGUUCAGUUUAAGUUCCAUAUGACUUGUCUUCAGUUUUAGUUCGAAU